AUGGUCGGGAAGUUUGUCAUCUUGUUCGCCUUGAUACUCGUCAACCUCGAGGCCAAGCCGGCGUUCGAUUUCUUCCAUCCAAUCCGAAUGGAGCAUAAAAUGGAAACUUUCCGACGCUACCUGCACAAGGGAAAACCAUACCGUAAGUCAAACAAUUUUCGGCAGUUUCAGCGUUUAAUUUCGUAUAUAUCACAUGAGGGAGCAAAAAAAUUUCAUUACCUACAGCGGCGGACCUGACCCAGUGCCAAAAAACGUAUAAUUUUGCAUCCGGGGAGUAUUAAAAAUGUAGCAAAAUACAUCCAUUUCCAAGUGAAAACUCCACUUUUCAAAGGCGCCCUUCUACAUUUUUCGAUACUUCCCAGAUGCAAAAUGCCACGUUUUUUGCCAUUAGAUUAGGUCUGUCACUUUAGGGCACAAAAUUUAUAUAUCUAAUUUAUUUUGCUUUCAGCAAGUCAAAAGCCCCGCUCUAAACCCAAGCCCACAACCCAAAAAUGGCCCGAAUUUGCUCCAUACAUCGAAUACUAA